AGAAGUGUUGCUUUUAUGGGUUUAAAACUGUGUAUGUAUAAAUGACCAGUUCUUCGUCAGCAAGAAACGUCGUUAUAUUGAACUGAUCACUGAUGUAUCUUUUCGUUUUAAGAUGGACUUUGGGAGUACUAGUUGUGUUGCUCCCAAGUGUUGUAAACUCGCACGAGAACUGCGAGAACCACGACAAUAGUACGGAGCACAACAUUAUUUGUGUAUCAACCACUGGCCAUGACAAACCAGAAUGCUUGAAAAACAUUAUUCCGUGCCAGAGUUUGUAUUAUGUUUUUGAAAAUAUAAAGGAACAAAAUUCAACUGUAGUUUAUAUGGAGCUAGGAAAUUAUCCUCUGAACAAAAGUUUCACGUUUUGGCAUGUCAACCAUUUUGCAAUAAUUGGUUUAACCAGUUUAUAUGAUGUUGUGAUCCAUUGUAAAAAAAAUGCUGGUCUUUCCUUUAUUAAUAGUUCAGAGAUUAUAAUGAAGAAUAUUAUUUUAUCUUCAUGUGGGGCAAUUCAAAACAGCACAUCGAUAAUUCCUGAGCAUUCCACAAAGCAUCGGAUUUUUUUAACAGGAUUGUUUCUGGUAAAUUGCAUUAAUUUGAGCAUGGACAUGGUUUGGAUAAGUGAGGCACCUGGGAUAGGAAUGCAACUGUACGACGUCGCAGGUAAUGUGAGUAUUUCCAAUUCACGUUUUACCAAAAAUGGGAAAAAUAAGCAGGACAGUUUAUUUCCAGGAGGAGGAUUCUACUUUGAGUUCACGUACAUGGGUGGGUUAUAUCCUUUUAAGGCACCUCCAGAACAUAUCUAUCAAGAAAAUGGUACAUUUUAUUUCAUUAAUGUCACUUUUGAACGUAAUCACGCUCCUAAAGUAGCUGCUUCGACUUUUGAUGCAGGUGAUUAUAAUCAUGAUGCCUUUGGGCGUGGUGGUGGUGUAUCAUUUUUUAUUAAAGGUUCUGCACAAAACAACAAAUUUGUUUUUGAAAACUGCCACUUUGAUGGUAACUCUGCUAAAUGGGGUGCAGGCCUGUUUGUUGAAUUCCAAGACAAUACCAAAAGUAACAGUUUAAUAUUUCAAUCAUGUCAUUUCAAUCACAAUGAUGCCAGUGUUGGAGGUGGUGCUGUUAGAAUUGGACUGAUAGCCAAGCAUCAAAGGCCUCAAAGUAGUUGUGUUCCAAAUUGGGUAAGAUUUGCAUCUUGUCAUUUUAAAUACAACAAAGCAAUUGUUGGUGGAGGCAUAUCUUUAUAUGGAACAACAAAGCAGUCAGGUUUCCAUGAUCAAAGCUUUAUAAGUUUAACACAUUGUGUGAUUGAGGAGAAUUGGGCAACAAUUGGCUCUGCAUUUUGUUCAGUUUUGAAUACUAAUCAGUAUGGAAUGGGCAGCAGUGGCAGCUCAUUAAAGAUUUCUAUUGCAAAUUCACAUUUUGGGAGCAACAAAAUUAUUUAUCCUAGAGAAGAAAAAGUAUCAGGAACUGGAGCCAUUUAUGCAAAGGGUACACCAAUCAUAUUAUGCAAUACAACAUUUAUUUAUAAUACAGAAACUGCCUUGGUACUUGACAGUGCUUAUGUUGAAGUCUUUGGAAAUGUUUCAUUUAUAAACAACACUGGCCAAAGAGGUGGUGCAAUGUCUUUAUAUGGUACAAGCAAGGUAAUUGUUUCUGACCAGGCAAAUCUCACUUUUAUUGAGAAUAAAUGUACUGUUCAAGGUGGUGCAAUCUAUGUGAGAACACCAGGACCACAGUUGCGUGCAUUUAAUUCCACUGAACUUAUGUUGCAUGAUUGCUUUUUCCAUUUUGAAAAUGAUGACGACUGCAGUGUUUCCUUCUAUGGCAAUAGAGGUUCAACCAACACUUCUGGCCACUCUGUUUAUGCAACCACAUUGCAAUUUUGUCGUCGUGUUAAUGAAGGUAGAGUGGAUAAUUCAGCCCUCCAAACGAAGUCAUUUUGUUAUUAUUAUGCCAAUGGAACUUAUAAAUCUGACAUGGUUUAUGAGAUAGUAACUGAUGCAGUAAAUAUUGAAGUAAAUGGAAGUGAUUGGAAUACAACAGUGGAUAAGAGCUUCUCUCCAGUUGUCAAGCUAACUGAUGAGAAAUCUAACAGUGUUGUUGGUGUUAUAAACAUUCAAAUAAUUUCCGCAGAAAACACUGUAAAACUUGAUCCUUCAUCAGCAUAUUUUCUUGCUAAAGAUAAUAUUAAAUCCCUUCAAAUCAAUGGUCAACCUAAAACACGUUAUGGCGUUAACCUGGUAACUGUUGACAGCCAACUAGUGUUCGACAACAUAUUUAAUGCAGAGAUCAAAGGAUGUGAACCUGGAUUUCAUUGGAAAGAAUCUAAAUGUCAGUGUGAUGACACACAGAAUGGUGUGUCACGAUGUGAUUAUGAGAAACAAACAUUGUUUUUGUUAAAAGGCUAUUGGGGAGGCUAUGUACAAUCAGGUGGGACAUUUGUUAUUGUAUCAUGUCCAGAAAACUACUGCUAUUGUCACAAGAAUUUUACAUCCAGUGGUGAGUGUCUGUUUGAGAGAGAUAAGCAAUGUAGGGGUAACAGAGAAAAGCAAGUGUGUGGAAGGUGCAAGAAGGGCUUUUUUUUAAAAAUUGGUGAAGAUGAUUGUACAAGGGAGUGUAAUUCUGAUUCACUGAAAUGGAUAGGUUAUCUAGUCGCUAUAUUAUUAUCUCUAACUUUAUUAGUGCUUUUCAUUAUGCUAAUUAAUUUUGACCCUUUUAGCGCUUAUCUUAAUGCAUGGCUAUAUUCUUAUCAAGUACUGUUAUCUUUAACACCUGGUGAUAUGAGUUUUGAUCCUUUUCUAACCUUCAUUAUUAAUCUUGCCCAUAUUCAGAUUCUUGGAUUUGGUAGUGUAUGCAUGUGGUCAAACAUGGAUGACUUGCAGAAAUUAGCUUUCAACUAUAUACUGCCUGUCUAUGUUUUUAUUUGUUUGUUUGUCCUUGGCAAGAUAGUUGUACAAUGGCCCAAUAACUUUUUCACACGUCGGUUAACACAGACUUCUUUGGCUCGAGCAUUUUGUACUCUAUUUGUACUGUCAUAUUCUACUGUGAUCAAUAUCAGCUUGAAAAUUCUUCGUCCUGUCAAAGUAGGUAAUGAGUAUUUCAUGUACUACCAGGGAGAUGUUGGGUAUUUCAGCUUCUACCAUGUAAUUUUUGCUGUGUUUGCUCUACUCUUGGUGAUAUUUGUUGGUAUAUUUUUUCCGUUGCUUCUUAUUCGCCGUCAGUGGUUUAGGUCCUUUGAUAAAGGUUUAAAGAAACUUUUACUUGAUAACUUCCAGCGAUGUUUUCGUGAUGGUUAUCAGUGGUGCGCAGGUUACUAUUUUGUUUGUCGAUUUAUCUUACUUGUGGUACGUCUCGCUGUUCCUCAAAGUGCAUUGCAAGUUAGUUUGUUGAAUAGUGUUUGUUGUAUUAUCUUGGCUAUAUUUGUUUUGUGUCAACCUUAUGCAGACAAUACCAAUGGUGGUACAGUAGUACCAUACAGAAUACUAAAUAUCUCUGAUGCUGUUUUGUUGUGUAAUCUCUGUCUAAUUAGCAGUUUUGGUGGUACUGCUUCUGGCAUUUAUGGCCACUCUUAUUACAAAAACUUCCAAACUGUUAUCUCGAUUCUAAGCUACAUCCCAUUAGUGUUCUCUUUUGGGCUCUUGGCUUAUGUUCUGCGUCACAAAUAUAUGACCCGCAAUCGUCUUUUGGAAGAUGUGGACUAAUAAUGUAUUGUAUAUAUUAUUAUUUACCAGGUCCUGGAGCUUGAAAUAUGUUGCUAGGCUAAUUAUCUAAUUUGUAUAGCUGCUCACACGUCAUUGGUAAUCAAUUAUGCCCACAAUAAUAAGACAUUUGAAUCAUCAGUACAACUAUAUGCACCGCAUGAUAUUUCUUUUAAAAACCAGUGGCGGACCCUUAGCUGAGGUUUAGAUCCGUUAACCAAUCAGACGCGUACUUAUAGUUUGUACAAGGUAAUGGGAGUGGAAGGCGAGUCUAAACCUCACUAUUAGGUGGGUCAGUGACGAAUUAGGUUUCCAAGAUAUGACCACCUUUUGUAGCUGGAAAUCGUAAUUCUUUAAACUUUUUUGCCUUGCUUAAUUUAUAGCUUACCAAAAUGAAUGGUUUCAUGGUUGAAAAAUUAUUCAUGUUACAGCUUUGUUACACAGUUAUUCGGCUAUUAUUUAGUUUUGUUACACACUCAGUCAUUCAAAGGCUUUCAGUGUCUGCCACUGGCUAAAACAUCCGAAAAGAUGCAGUCUCAUUGGCUGAUAAUGUCGAAUGUUAUAGAUUCUCGCAAUUUCCCAUUGUAUAUAUCGAUUUAUGUAACAAGUUAGCUGGGACCUGUAGUACGUUUCACACAAGUUGAAUGUGUUCUAAUUUCAUUUAUCUAAUAUGAUUUAGUUAUCGAUAAUAAUCGUUUAUGAUUGAUUGAUUGCCGAUAGAUUGAUCGGGAACAGCUGAUACUGUAGUACAGUUUUGUCAAAUUUACAAUUUCGUAUGUUCACCAAGUCAGGCUAAAAAGCGUAGAAUGUGAUUUAAUUAAUAAACUGUGUCAGCCUGUAAAUGUAAAUUCCAGUGAUUGUAGAAAGUCUGUAAUAAAUUAAAACUACUAGAACUGAAGUUUUACUGAACCUAUUAUGGACCUAUAGCCAAUUAUAGCCACUUUAUUAGUUUUAGAUUAUUGACAGUGUAAAAUGUCUAAGAAUUUUAAAAUGAUUUUACUUUUCUCAUAUAGAAAUGUAUAGAAAUAAACAAUUUUGAAAAUGUUUACGGAGACUUUGUCAUAAAUAUUUAAUGUGCAUGUGCAUUUCGAACAACCAUGUUUCUCGCUGUUAUCAAAACAAAAUGCUCAUACAGCCUAUAUAAAGCAUGUUAAACUGGUAGGUAUUUAUUAACUGGUAGAAUUACUGGUUCAUAUAUGAGCCGGACUGACUCGCAAG